ACUACCAUCUCAUAGCAACAGUAAUUCUCAUUUCUCAAUCAACUCUUAACAUCAUCUCUUUGGUGCUCUGGUAUCCCUCCUUGUUCUCUGCUCCCCUCAGUUCUUGCUGAGUUCCAUCCCCUAGAGCUGGAGCCGCAACGAAUACGAAAGUCUCCGAGUUCGGCUGCACGGCCACUUGUAGGGUGGACGAAGGUAUGCUAAUUCUUGUUCAUAAAAAUGUGAUAUGGAAGUAAUCCCAUAUUUCCAAGAAUAUCCAACGAACCAGUCUCAACUAUUAGCUGCAAAAUUGACAUGAAAGCAAUCAAAAUUUCACAUGCUUUUUAUCUCAGAAUUUUUGUGCCAAAAUCUUCUCAUCAUUACUUCUUUUCAUCACCAUAUUCUUCAUCUCUUCAAAUAACAGCCAUUGAUGAGAUUGAAACGGAGACCAGUUCUAUCUCAAGCUCGCUUUACAAUUUUCUUCCGGAUACAGAAAAUCCCAACAAAACGGUCAGCCUCGUAUGUUCUGCCCUGAAGCAGAGAAACCUUGGCAGCACCAACCAACAAGAGGAGCUUUCUGGUUGUUUGCUAACAAGCUCUGAGAUCUCAAGGGUCCUCUUGCGAUGCCAAUCUGAUUCUUGUUCUGCUCUCGCCUUCUUUGAUUGGGUCAGAAGUAUCAACAGCAAUCGUAAUAGGUUAGACACGCUUAAUUACUGCCUUAUGGUUCACAUAUUGGCUUGGUCUAGAAAGUAUUCCCAGGCAAUGGAGAUUCUAUCCGAGCUGGUUCAACUGUCGGUGAAGGAGGAUUUGGUGUUCAAGGGCUUGAUUGAUAGCACUGGGUUGUGUAAUUGGAACCCUGUGGUGUUUGAUAUGCUCAUCAGGGCUUACCUCAGGGCGGGAAUGCUAAAACAUGGCUUUCGGGCAUUUCUAAAUGCAGCCAAGCUCGGGUUUCUGCCCAGUGUCAUUACUGUUAAUAUUCUUUUGAAUGCACUUUCCCAGUCGAAUCAUUUUGUCAGGUGUUGGCAAGUGUAUGCUGAAAUGGAGAGAAUUGGGGUGCAUCCUAAUUCGUGUACGUUCAACAUAUUGACACACACCCUGUGCAAGAACGGGGAUGUGGAUAAGGUGGACGAAUUUCUGGAAAAGAUGGAAGAUGAAGGAUUCGAGCCCGAUAUCUUCACCUACAAUAUGUUAGUCGAUAGCUACUGCAAGAGAGGGAGGUUGAAAGAUGCAGUGUAUUUGUAUUACAUUAUGUACAAAAGAGGCGUCCCCCCGGACUUAAUAACCUAUACGACCUUGAUCAAUGGUUUCUGUAAGGGCGGGAAUGUCAAAGACGCUCAUCAGCUAUUCCUCAGGAUGAUCCAUAGAGGCUUCAUACCAGAUGCUAUCUCGUACAAUACUCUUUUGCAUGGAUACUGCAAAGACGGGAUGAUGCAGGAGGCCAGGUCGUUGUUGCACGACAUGAUUGGAAAUGGAGUAUGCCCCAAUAACUUCAGUUGUUGGACGGUUGUAGAAGGAUAUAGGAAAUAUGGUAAACUUAUCUCGGCUUUGAAUUUGGUUCUGGAGCUCCCGAAAUUUGGUGUUACAAUAUCUCAUGAUAUACAUGAGUACAUAGUACUUGCUCUGUGCAAGGAGAAUCGGCCAUUUGCAGCCAAGACUCUCUUGGACCGUAUAUUUUGCGAAGGCUUUGAACCUAACUUGGUAAUAUAUAGAGAGUUAAUUGUUUCCUUGUGCAACUGCAAUUGUGUCGAUGAGGCAUUGCAUCUGAAAGCCGAGAUGGUGUCAAAAAAUUUGAAGCUUUGUCUGACUACAUAUAGAGCUAUUAUUAGCGGGCUAUGUGGAUCAAGCCGAAGCCUAGAGGCAAAUUCCAUGGUGCAAGAAAUGAUCGAUUCAGGGCUGCAACCAGACACUGAAAUUUGUAGAGGUUUGAUCACUGGGCACUGUGAUGAGAAGAACUUUCAGGAAGCACAAUUCUUACUAAGCUAUUUUGCUGAGAAAUUCCAAAUUAUUGAUACGGUUUGUUAUAACAAAGUUGUAUGUCUUCUUGGCGAGAAAGGUGAUGCUGCUGAAUUGAUGGAGUUUCAGGAUAAAAUGAUGAAAAUGGGGUUUACACCAAAUCAAUUGACAUGCAAAUAUGUUGUUGGUGGACUCCAGAAAGCUUUGAAGAUUCACAGAAAUAAUAUAUUGGUGCAUUAAUCUUUCAAGGAGAGUGUUAAAGCAAAGGAAGCAAUCUGUUUAUCAUCUGUCCAAAGAAUUGUGCGAAAAAUACAAAAGCAUAUUUGAAGUGUGGCGGGCGAGAACAUUUUUGUAGCAGGGGGUAGAUGACCCGAGCUAUUAGCAACAGCAGCGACAA